AUGGGCCUAAGGGAAUGGGGCCCCGUGUUUCUAGUUCUCGUAAUAGCUCUCAUUACAGGCAUUCCGAUCUCCAGUAUAUACUUCGUAUUCACCGAAAAUCUGUCUCGAGCAGUUUGGAUGCCAUUCAUACUUCCAGUGCUCAUGCUAUGGACGAAUUAUUUCUUGGGAGUGAUGACGUCGCCUGGAUAUGUGCCAAAGGACUAUGAUCCAUCGGUUCCUGCUUCUACGGUUACUAGUGAUGGUCUGCAACACCCAUCAACAGAUAAUAAUGGACCAACACUAGUGCACUUGAAAAAGAGUGCUAAAAAGUGGAGAUGGUGUCGUAAAUGCAAUGUGUAUAAGCCGCCACGAACGCAUCAUUGUCGUGAGUGUCGCAAGUGUGUGCUGAAGAUGGAUCAUCAUUGUCCUUGGCUAAAUAAUUGUGUGGGCCAUCGCAACUCUGGCCACUUUCUCCGCUUCCUGCUCUGGACCACAACAUCGGUCAUAUACUGUCUAACCCUACACGGCAUCCGUCUAUUUGAUCUGCUCCAAUACCAGCUCCAUCUCGAAGCCAUGAGACGCGGAGACUACAUAACGGCCCAACAAACCCCCAUAAUGUUUGUAAACCCCGCAGACACACUCGAAGUAUACAUUAUGGUAGUCAACGUCGUCCUCCUGAUUGUCCUAGUAUUCACAGUCGGGCUCUUGACGGGUUUCCAAGUAUACUACGCAAUGACGAACGUAACGACAAUUGAAAACAUGGAGAAUGACAAGAUUGUGGAUUUGAUGAAUAAGGGCAGGAUACCUAAAGUUGCUGCGUUUCCGUAUGAUUUGGGGUGGUAUCGGAAUAUGUGUCAGAUAUUGGGUGUGAGGUGGUGGUUUUGGUUGGUGCCGCAGGUGCAGGCUGGUGAUGGGACUGUGUUUCCGAUCAAUGAUAAUCUGGGUAGGGAUAAUAGUAAUAGUAGUAAUGGUGGUAGUAAAUCAGUCAUGUGGCCUCCCGAAGAAUACUAUCGAUACAAGAAGGAUCCGUAUGGUCUCAGUCGUAGAGAUAAAGACGAUGACGAUGCAGUAUCACAGGAUACAGAUGUAGAUGAUGACGACGACUAUGAUGAAGCAGAUGAUUAUAAAAGUGAUGGCAAGAUCAACAAGCCACGAUAUGCUACACGUGUCGAUAUUGACAACGGCAAUAAUCAGGACGAUGACGAUGAUGAUAAGCCUAUAGCACGAACACAUCAUGGCCGUAAACUGGGUCGUCAUGUGAGACGAGGGUCUGAAGGAUACGUCGUGAGGGAGUUUACUGCUGAAGAACGAGAUGCCAUGAUUAGAACAGCUAUGGAACGACAGCAAGUGCAGAAGCCUGUUGUUGGACCACGUCCUAAUGGUGUUACCGGUUUGAUGGCGGGCCACGACUUGUUGGGUGAUGAUGAAGUGGAGCUAGAUGGUGGUGGUGAUAAUGUUUAUAGUCGUGCUAAGGUAGAAUGA